AUGAACAACUCAGACUUCUACUAUUGGAGCCUGUCCAAUGCGACCUACUUCAAUGUAGAAAAUGUGUCGAAUACCAGUUCAGAAUAUCAAGACGCUUGGAGAAAAUGGACAGUACUCAUUCAAGACCGUGCUGUAGUCGUGAGCCUGUUAUUAUUGUUCUCCAUGUGCACGGUUUUUGGAAAUAUGUUGGUGAUCUUAGCCGUCAUAAGAGAGAGAUACCUUCACACGCCAACGAACUAUUUCAUAACUUCUCUAGCUGUUGCGGAUUGCCUAGUGGGCUUAGUUGUUAUGCCUUUUAGUGCUCUCUACGAAGUUUUGGGACACACCUGGUUUUUCGGAGCUGAUUUAUGUGACGUUUGGAGAAGCUUGGACGUUUUGUUCAGUACGGCUUCGAUACUGAAUCUUUGUGUUAUAUCGUUGGACAGAUACUGGGCUAUAACCGACCCAAUAACUUAUCCAAUGCGUAUGACGAAGUUCCGAUCGAUGUUUUUGAUAGCUGCAGUUUGGGUUUGCAGCAGUGCGAUUUCGUUCCCAGCCAUAGGGUGGUGGAGAGCAGUGAGAAAUGCUCCGAUUCCGCCAUUUCAGUGCCCUUUCACAGAACACUUGGGAUAUCUGAUUUUUUCCUCAACGAUAUCUUUCUACUUACCUCUAUUCGUCAUGUUGUUCACCUAUUUCAGAAUAUACAGAGCAGCGGCUGCUCAGACUAGAUCUCUCAGACUUGGUACAAAGCAAAUCCUGUUGGGUUCUGGGGAACUGGAACUGACCCUGAGGAUACACCGAGGUGGGGCUUGCAAAACCCCAGAGACAAGACUGUAUUCAACUCAAGAGGACGAACCACUGACAGCUCUUCAAAAUAACGGACUCUCGCGAAUGGCUUCGACUCGUCUCAAUUCUCACAACAAGAACUUUUCGUUGAGCAGAAAGUUAGCCAAAUUCGCGAAAGAAAAAAAAGCCGCUAAGACAUUGGGAAUAGUGAUGGGGGUAUUUGUGAUAUGUUGGCUUCCUUUCUUCGUAGUGAACUUAUUGUCGGGGUUCUGCAUACAGUGUAUCAGUCACGAAAAAGUUGUGCUAGCAGUGGUUACAUGGUUGGGAUGGAUAAACUCCAGCAUGAAUCCAGUUAUCUAUGCCUGCUGGAGUAGAGAUUUUAGAAGGUAAGUCAU